GGAAACUUGACAAGGGAAAAGCAGUGGAAGAAAAUCCUAGCUUUCAAGAACAAUCGCCAGAUAUGGUAGAUCCUGUCUAUCCUCCAGGGUUUGAGCCACGACUAAACCAACCUUCACAAGGAACUAGAGUACCAAUUCCUACUCCUGGUGGAUAUCCUAAUCCUUAUCCAGGAAUAACAUCCACACCUGCUCCAGGACAAUUUCAAAAUUUUGUUAAUCCCAUUAUGAUGGAAAAACCAUCUGAGCCAAUCUUAGUACCUGAUUUGGAUGAUCCCAAGGAAAGAGAAAAGCUAGGGAUCCAGACACCUGAAAAGGUAGAAGAUACUAGUGCCCGGGAGAAGAUGAAGUUAUUGGAAGAAAGGCUUAGGGCUGUAGAGGGAAUGAAUUUUUAUGGCUCCACAGAUGCGGCUGACCUUUGUUUAGUUCCAGACGUGGUAAUUCCAACUAAAUUCAAGGUCCCUGAAUUUGAAAAAUAUGAUGGCACAAAAUGCCCAAUGACCCACAUCAUCAUGUAUUGUCGAAAGAUGGCAGCAUAUGCUCGAGACGAGAAGUUGUUAAUGCACAUAUUUCAAGAUAGUCUCACGGGUUCUGCAGCUAGAUGGUAUGUCCAACUAGAUAGAACUCGUAUUCAUUCUUGGCAAGAGCUUACAAAGGCAUUCCUUACACAAUAUCGUCAUGUCACGGAUAUGAUUCCAGAUCGUCUAUCUCUUCAAAGCAUGGAAAAAAAAGCAACUGAAAACUUCAAGGAGUAUGCACAAAGGUGGAGAGAUGUGGCUGCACAAGUCCAACCUCCUCUCACUGAAAAAGAAACAACUAUUUUAUUUGUGAACACCUUGAAAGCACCAUAUUAUGAGAGAUUGAUAGGCAAUGCAACCAAGAACUUUACAGAUAUGGUGAUAUCAGGAGAGAUCAUUGAAAGUGCCAUAAAAAAUGGUAAGCUUGAUGUGGGAGAGACAAGUGGAGCAAGAAAGAGUGGAGCUCCUAGAAAGAAAGAGAAUGAGGCCCAAGCAGUAAAUUUUGUGGGGCAACAAUUCAGAAGUUUCACACCCUACUCUGUACCAGUCUACCAAACCCAUUACCCUUCUGUAAACCAUGUUACAUCCACCCCCCCAUUCAUAUCAACCAUACCAGUCAUUACCACAACCAGCUUAUUCACCCCAUUUUCAGCCAUAGGUGUUCUGGGGCAUUCUAUCCAGAAUUGUCAUCAAUUUCGUCAGGAGGUGCAAAAAUUGAUAGAUGAAGGUCGAAUGGAGUUUUAUCAAGAAAGAGGAGAGUUGGUGAAAACUGAAGUGUCUACCAUUGAUUCAAAGAAUAAGUUUGUACGUAGACCGGUAACUAUCUAUUAUGAUGAAAAGCCAACAUCAAAGCUAGAAAAACCCGUCUCUCGACCAGUGGUGACAAUUAAAGUUCCUGGCCCUUUUCCAUAUCAGAAUGAUAAAACAGUACCUUGGAAUGGGAGGUGUUAUACCCCAGAAGCUCUAGAAAAAGCUAGAAAGGAGAAAGCCAAAGUAGGAGAAGAAAAUGAAAAUCAGAGUGGUCUUGACACAACCCUAGAAAAAGAAUGGCAGAAGCCAGUAUCUGAAAGUGAAGCAGGUGAAUUUUUGAAGUUAAUAAAACAUAGCGAGUAUAGCGUGGUAGAACAGCUGAACAAGAUGCCAGCUAGAAUUUCGCUAUUGUCAUUAUUGCUCAGUUCAGAGUCACACCGUAAUGCUUUGCUGAAAGUGCUAAAUCAAGCAUAUGUGUCUCACAAUGCUUCUGUUGAAUAUGUGGAACAGCUUGUUGGCAAUCUGACGAUUUCAAACUAUAUCUCUUUCAGUGAUGAAGAGAUUCCUCCUGAAGGUAGAGGAAGUACCAAGGCUCUUCACAUUACUGUGAAAUGUAAAAGUCAUAUAAUGGCUAAGGUUUUGAUUGAUAAUGGUUCAUCCAUCAAUGUUAUGCCUGUGACUACUUUAACAAAACUUCCUGUUGAUGGAUCUUAUAUGAAACCUAGUCAUAUGAUAGUGAGAGCCUUUGAUGGAACCAGAAGAGAGGUGCUAGGAGAUAUAGAAGUGCCAUUGCAAAUUGGCCCAUGCAUUUUCAAUGUGAAAUUUCAAGUUAUGGACAUCUCUCCUUCAUACAGUUGCUUAUUGGGUAGGCCGUGGAUCCAUAUGGCAGGUGCUGUUCCAUCCUCAUUACAUCAAAAAGUCAAAUUCAUUGUUGAAGGGAAGCUAACAUGUGUGGCAGGGGAAGAAGAUUUAUUGGUAACUCAACCGAUAAAUACUCCUUAUGUGGAAUCAGCAGAUGAAGCUUUAGAAUGCUCUUAUAGAUCUUUCGAGAUUGCCAAUGCAACAUAUAUAGCUGGAGGAUCUAAAUUGUAUUCGCCAUACUUAUCUACGACUACUAAAAUGGUAGUCAAACAGCUUACCAAGAUGGGAUGGCGACCUGAAGCCGGACUUGGGAAGAACCUGCAAGGAAUCACGAAGCCAUCGACUAUAAAUGAAAAGAGAGAUAGAUUUGGCUUGGGAUAUAAGCCAACAAGAGGGGACAGAACAAGAAUGGUGAAUGAGAAAAGAGAUAAGAGGAUAGCUAAUCUUAAGGGAUAUGAGCUGGAGUCAGAGCCUAUAGUCAUUCCACACCUCUAUGAUUCUUUUCACUCAGGAGGAUACAUUUAUUCAGAUUUACCGAGAGCCUCAAGUGCAGGAUUCAUGGAAAAAUUUUCAGAGCUGGCCAUUCAAAUGGUGGAUGAUGGGGAAAAGAAGAGUCGAAGUGAAGAGUUGUUCGUGUACCCUUGUCCUUCAGAUUUUGAGCUGGAUAAUUGGAAAGUUAUGGAGCUGCCUGUUGUUUUUAAAACUUUGGAAAAGUUUGAAAACUUAAUUCAUGUUGAUGAACUUGAUAAUGAGGAAGAUUCAGAUAACUACACACUGCCUCUUGAUUUGUUAAAAUUAAUAGAACAUGAAGAUAAGCCAAUUGAACCCCACCAAGAAAUUACUGAAUCAGUAAAUUUGGGAGAUGGUGAGAAUAAAAGGGAGGUCAAAAUUGGUACAUCUCUUUUACCAGUUGAAAGAAAGAAGCUAGAAGAGUUACUCCGAGAAUAUGUAGAUGUGUUCGCGUGGACUUACCAGGAUAUGCCAGGACUCAGCACUGAUAUUGUAGAGCACAAGUUACCUUUAAAACCAGGAUGUAAGCCGAUGCAGCAAAAGCUAAGGCGCAUGAAACCAGAGAUGCUACUGAAAAUUAAAGAGGAAGUGAAGAAACAAUUCGAUGCUGGAUUUUUAGAAGUGGCAAAAUAUCCUGAAUGGGUAGCCAACAUAGUGCCAGUUCCUAAGAAGGAUGGAAAAGUGAGAAUGUGUGUCGAUUAUCGAGAUCUAAAUAGAGCAAGUCCCAAGGAUAACUUUCCUUUACCUCACAUCGAUACUCUAGUGGAUAAUACUGCUAGGCACUUCACAUUUUCCUUUAUGGAUGGUUUCUCAGGCUAUAAUCAGAUCAAGAUGGCUCGAGAUGAUAUGGAGAAAACUACAUUUGUGACCAUGUGGGGAACAUUCUGUUACAAAGUCAUGCCUUUUGGGUUGAAAAAUGCUGGUGCUACUUAUCAAAGAGCAAUGGUGACUCUUUUUCAUGACAUGAUGCAUAAAGAGAUAGAAGUGUAUGUGGAUGAUAUGAUUGUAAAAUCUCGUGAAGGAGAGGAUCAUAUAGUCAAUCUCAAAAAGCUGUUCGACAGAUUGAGAAGAUUUCAGUUGAAGUUGAAUCCUGCCAAAUGUACAUUUGGAGCUAAAUCAGGAAAACUAUUGGGCUUUGUAGUCAGUGAAAAAGGAAUCGAAGUGGACCCGGAUAAGAUACAAGCCAUCCAAAACUUAUCUCCUCCUCAUACCUCAAAAGAAGUGCGAGGUUUCUUAAGGAGAUUAAAUUAUAUUGCUCGCUUCAUCUCUCAACUCACUUAUAAGUGUGAUCCUAUUUUCAAGCUUCUCAGAAAACAUGAUCCUGGAGAAUGGAAUGACGAAUGCCAAGAAGCUUUUGAUAAGAUCAAAGAAUACUUGUCAAAUCCACCUGUGUUGGUGCCACCAAUGCCAGGAAAACCUUUGAUUUUGUACUUGACAGUGCAUGAAAAUUCAAUGGGAUGUGUGCUAGGGCAAAGAGAUGAAACUGAUAAGAAAGAACGAGCAAUUUACUACUUGAGCAAGAAGUUCACUGAUUAUGAGUCAAAGUAUUCACCAUUAGAGAAGAUGUGUUGUGCAUUAACCUGGACAGCUCGAAGGCUUAGACAAUACAUGCUUUAUCACACUAUUUGGCUCAUAGCAAAGCUGGAUCCUAUUAAGUAUAUCUUCGAAAAGCCCUCAUUGACAGGAAGAAUAGCACGGUGGCAAGUUAUGCUUUCAGAAUAUGAUAUCAUUUACGUGACUCAAAAAGCUAUUAAAGGGAGUGCAAUAGCUGAAUUCCUUGCUGAUCGUGCAGUCGAAGAUUAUGAGCCAAUGAAAUUAGAUUUUCCUGAUGAGGAUGUGAUGGCCAUUGAAAAAAAUGAACCUGUUGAAAAAUCAUGGAGGAUGUAUUUUGAUGGAGCUGCUAAUGCUUUGGGUCAUGGUAUUGGGGCAAUUUUGAUAUCUCCUGAUGGACAUUAUUACCCCAUCACAGCCAGAUUAAAUUUUAAUUGCACAAACAAUGUGGCUGAAUAUGAGGCCUGUGUUAUGGGUCUACAAGCAGCAAUUGAAAAGAAGAUCAAAGUGUUAGAUGUGUUUGGAGAUUCAGCUUUAGUCAUCUAUCAGUUACGAGGUGAAUGGGAAACAAGAGACUCUAAGUUGAUUCGGUACCAUAAAUACAUCUCUGAGUUGGUUAAGCAAUUUAAAGAAGUUCAGUUUGAGCAUCUACCCAGAGAGGAAAACCAAAUUGCUGAUGCACUGGCUACUCUAGCUGCAAUGAUCAAAAUAGAUGCAAAUACUGAAAUCCAACCCAUCAAGCUGGAUGUGAAAGAUAUACCAGCACAUUGCUCAGGUGUUGAAAAAGAAAUUGAUGGAAGGCCAUGGUAUCAUGAUAUCAUGCAAUACAUUAAAAGCCAGCAGUACCCAGAACAUGCAACAGAAAAUGAUAAAAGAACUAUUAGAAGAUUGGCUAUGAAUUUCUUCAUUGAUGGAGAUAUCCUUUACAAAAGAGGUCGAGAUCAAGUGCUCUUAAGAUGUGUAAAUGCAGCUGAAGCAAAAAAGAUUAUUGAAGAAGUGCAUGAUGGAGUUUGUGGGGCACAUGCAAAUGGUCAUAUGAUGGCUAGACAAAUUAUGAGGGCUGGCUAUUAUUGGUUGACAAUAGAGAGAGACUGUAUUGAUUAUGCUAGAUGUCAUAAAUGUCAGAUUUAUGCUGACAAGAUUCAUGCUCCGCCAUCAACAUUACAUGUUCUAGCUCCACCUUGGCCAUUCUCUAUGUGGGGCAUGGAUGUUAUUGGUCCCAUCACUCCAAAAGCUUCGAAUGGGCAUAGAUUCAUUUUUGUAAUUAUUGAUUACUUCACCAAAUGGGUAGAAGCUGCAUCAUAUGCUAGCGUGACCCGAUCUGUGGUAUGUAAGUUCAUGAAAAGAGAGAUAAUAUGCAGAUAUGGACUUCCGGAGACAAUUAUUUCUGAUAAUGCCAAAAACUUGAACAACAAAAUGAUGAAUGAAGUAUGCACUCAGUUCAAGAUCCGUCAUCGUAAUUCGGCACCAUAUCGUCCGAAGAUGAAUGGGGCAGUGGAGGCUGCGAAUAAGAAUAUCAAGAGAAUCCUGAAAAAAAUGACUGAAACUUAUAAAGAUUGGCAUGAGAAGUUACCUUUUGCCUUGCAUGCUUAUAGAACAUCAGUCAGAACGUCUACUGGAGCCACACCGUUCUCUUUGGUAUAUGGUAUGGAAGCUGUGCUACCAGUCGAAGUGGAAAUUCCCUCACUUAGAGUCUUGAUGGAGGUAGAGUUAGAGGAAGCAGAAUGGGUUUGAAAUCGCUACGAGCAGUUAAACCUCAUCGAAGAGAAAAGAUUGUCAGCACUUUGUCAUGGUCAAUUAUAUCAAAAGAGGAUGAUGAGAGCACAUGAUAAGAAAACUCAUCCCCGUUGCUUCAGGGAAGGAGACUUAGUGCUAAAAAGAUUUCUUCCAAAUCAACAUGAUAAUCGGGGGAAAUGGACACCAAAUUGGGAAGGCCCGUAUGUGGUGAAAAAGGCCUUUUCUGGUGGGGCAUUGAUUUUGGCAGAAAUGGACGGAGGUGAUUUACCUACCCCAAUAAAUUCAGAUGUUGUGAAGAAAUAUUUUGCUUAA